GCGGGGUCAGGGCCCGGGCUCAGCCCAGGGGAGCGAGCAAGGCUUGCGCGGGCAUCCGCUGCCGGUGCGCCGAGCCCGGCGGCGGGCCAGCCCCGUCCCGGAGGAGGAGCCGGCCGCGCAGGUGUGCCGGCAGCCCGGCCCGGCCCGGCCCCGUCCCGCCAGCAGCGCCUGCUGCCCUCGGCGCCGGGAUGCUCUGAGCCGCCCGGAGGACGGGGGAGAUGGAGCCGCUGGAGGCGAACAGCAGCUGCAGCAACGGGUCUCUGGUCACCCUUUUGUGCCUUUCCCACCGGGUUGUGUGCCAGGUGAUCGGCGAUGCCGACCCAGCUGACUCUGUGCAGGACAACGGGACUCUGCAUAACUUCUGGAUAACUCGGCUGGAAAGCAAUUAUGGAUUCUACAUUGGCCUGGGCUUGGCUGUCUUCUCCAGCUUCCUCAUUGGAAGCAGCGUCAUCCUCAAGAAGAAGGGGCUGCUACGGCUGGUGGAGAAGGGAGGCACCAGGGCAGGAGAUGGAGGCCACGGCUACCUAAAGGACUGGCUCUGGUGGGCUGGCUUGUUAACCAUGGGUGGAGGGGAAGCUGCCAACUUCGCUGCCUAUGCCUUUGCUCCUGCAACUAUUGUCACGCCUCUGGGGGCUCUGAGCGUGCUCAUAAGUGCCAUCCUGUCUUCGUAUUUGCUUGGAGAACGGCUCAACCUGCUGGGAAAGCUGGGCUGCAUGCUGAGCCUCGUGGGCAGCACUGUGAUGGUGAUACAUGCCCCAGAGGAGGAGGAGGUCACCACUCUGGAUGAAAUGUCUUCUAAGCUGAAAGAGCCAGGUUUCCUCACUUAUGCUGCGAUCCUCUUGGCUGUCUGCUUCCUCCUGAUCUUCUACCUCGCACCCCGCUAUGGCCAGAGCAACAUCCUCAUCUACCUCACCAUCUGCUCUGUUAUCGGUGCCUUCUCCGUGUCCUCAGUCAAGGGCUUGGGUAUUGCUAUCAAGGGCUUCUUUGCUGGCCGGCCUGUACUGCAGCACCCGUUGACGUGGAUCCUAGUCAUCACGCUGGUGGCAUCCAUCACUACACAAAUUAACUACCUCAAUAAGUCUCUAGACAUUUUCAACACCUCUUUGGUGUUUCCCAUCUACUAUGUGCUGUUCACCACUAUUGUCAUCACAACUUCCAUCAUCCUCUUUAAGGAGUGGGUCACCAUGACUGUAGUGGACAUCAUUGGGACAGUUUGUGGCUUCCUCACCAUCAUUUUGGGGGUGUUUUUACUCCAUGCCUUCAAAGAUAUGGACGUCAGUUUAGGGAAUCUACCACAAGUCCUCCAGAGUGAACAGCAAGCACCAGUCACCCGAGACGACAAGAACAUCCUAAUAGAGGUGGACAACUCCAGCAUCGCCCCAGAGGAUAAACACAAAACACUUGCAUGAAUGCUAAAAUACACACCACUAUCGCAAAUGGAGGUGACAGAUGAGGACUGAAUUGUGUACGCCUGUUAUUCAGCCUCUGCUCAUCCGUGUUAAAUUACCUGCUCGGCAAAUAUGGGACAAGGAUGUUGGUGAAUAUGGGCAAAACAUGGUGAAUUUUGGGAUAGGCACUUACUUAGGCGCUGUGGCAGGACCCAAGCCAUAAAGUGUUUUUACAUGACCGUGCCAGAGAAAUCUUUUUCAGCUUUUGUUUUUUUGUGAGGUGCAGGAGUUCCCCUGCAGCACAAUGUUAAUUAGUUUUAUGUGGAUUUUUGUUUGUAUAGGGUUUUUUGUUUUUUUUUUUCUUUUUUCACCUUAGCAGCUAUGGUGUCUAGGCCGUGUUGAUGUGGUUGGUGAAGCCACUGGGCCUCAUCUAGACCUCACCCCACCAAGGGGCAACCCCAGCUUAGACUGGGAAGCUCUGGCAGGGCAAACCUUGUGUCAGGAAAAACACUGCCACCGGCUUCAAUUUUUUUUUUGUGGGCUGUGAAACCUUUUCAGCCUGAAAGAGCAAGUGACUGUAAAUGUUAAGGGUUUUUUUUUUCUUAGUAAAUAUCUUCACCUUGGAGAGCCCCCCAACUCUUUGAGCCCCAUGGCCUGUCCUGCUAUCAUUUAAGCCCAAUGGCUUUGUUUUUGUUGUUUAAAGGGAGGCAUGAGCUGUGCGUUAAAAGCCAAACAGGCACAAGUGGGUGAUGCUCUACAGAGCUGUAGGGAUGCAGUUUGUCCCAGAGCAGUCCCAUUCACCCCUCUCCAUCUCUCUCAAUAUAGUAUGGCUGUUACUUGGACUCAUGGCUCACCUUCAAAACCCACUUGGAUUUAUAUCAGUGGUGAGGAUAAAGGGGUGAGAGGAAUAAUAUUUUGAGCUGGAAGCUGAAAAAGGAAGGUAUCACUGCGGUUACAAGUGUCUCCCAUCUUGCUGCUGGGUCUUAUAGCACAGGGAGACUGGAGCCUACAUGCUCACAGCAAAUCCCAGAGAGGGGUGAAGCCUUGAGCUGGCUUUUCCAAGCGGGCUCAGUCCGGAGGCAGCUGUGGAUGGGUUAGCCCUGGACCACGGCACACACUGGUGCUGUCUGAGACACUGUCGUGGUUCUACCUGGGUCUGAGCAUCACUGAGCAAAUGCAGCUUGGGGUUGUGGGCAGAGGAAUAUGCACUCUCUUGUUUUAAUAACAUUUCAGUACUUUUGUUUUUGACUGUGGAAAGGGAAAUAAAGGCUUUUAAAAAAAAAUAAAACCGUGCAGGUGGAUCUGAAAUUUUUUAAUGAUUUUUCUGAUCUUAUUGGUGUAGCCUUAAAGGAUAAACAGGCUGAAGGACAGAGGUGUACAGCAGGAAGAGUAUCUGGGGAAGCAAGUAAAACAGCAGCGACCUCCUCUGGUAGCAGAAAAUAAUCCAAGUAAUUCACUCUAGCUUUGUUUUUGGCAUCCUUACUGGUGUAAUGCUGUAUGCAUUUUAUUUUAGAAGUAGAUUGUAAAGGGGACUUGUCCUUCUCACUGCCUAGAACUGCAUUUCAUAAAAUCCAUUCCUCCA